AUGAAGGUUAACGACAGGUUUACUCGUCAGAUAGACAGUACAGCUAACGACAGGUUUACUCGUCAGAUAGACAGUACAGCUAACCUGUCUGAGAGGAAGGCUAACGACAGGUUUACUCGUCAGAUAGACAGUACAGCUAACCAGUCUGAGAGGAAGGCUAACGACAGGUUUACUCGUCAGAUAGACAGUACAGCUAACCAGUCUGAGAGGAAGACUAACGACAGGUUUACUGGUCAGAUAGACAGUACAGCUAAUGACAGGUUUACUCUUCAGAUAGACAGUACAGCUAAUGACAGGUUUACUCGUCAGAUAGACAGUACAGCUAACCUGUCUGAGAGGAAGGUUAAUGACAUGUUUACUCAUCAGAUAGACAAUACAGCUAACCAGUCUGAGAGGAAGACUAACGACAGGUUUACUCGUCAGAUAGACAGUACAGCUAACCUGUCUGAGAGGAAGACUAACGACAGGUUUACUCGUCAGAUAGACAGUACAGCUAACGACAGGUUUACUCGUCAGAUAGACAGUAAAGCUAACCUGUCUCAGAGGAAGACUAACGACAGGUUUACUCGUCAGAUAGACAAUACAGCUAACCAGUCUGAGAGGAAGACUAACGACAGGUUUACUCGUCAGAUAGACAGUACAGCUAACCUGUCUGAGAGGAAGACUAACGACAGGUUUACUCGUCAGAUAGACAGUACAGCUAACGACAGGUUUACUCGUCAGAUAGACAGUAAAGCUAAUGACAGGUUUACUCGUCAGAUAGACAGUACAGCUAACGACAUGUUUACUCGUCAGAUAGACAAUACAGCUAACCUGUCUGAGAGGAAGACUAACGACAGGUUUACUCGUCAGAUAGACAGUACAGCUAACCUGUCUGAGAGGAAGACUAACGACAGGUUUACUCGUCAGAUAGACAGUACAGCUAACGACAGGUUUACUCGUCAGAUAGACAGUAAAGCUAAUGACAGGUUUACUCGUCAGAUACACAGUACAGCUAACCUGUCUGAGAGGAAGACUAACGACAGGUUUACUCGUCAGAUAGACAGUACAGCUAACCAGUCUGAGAGGAAGACUAACGACAGGUUUACUCGUCAGAUAGACAGUACAGCUAACGACAGGUUUACUCGUCAGAUAGACAGUACAGCUAACCUGUCUGAGAUGAAGGUUAACGACAGGUUUACUCGUCAGAUAGACAGUACAGCUAACGACAGGUUUACUCGUCAGAUAGACAGUACAGCUAACCAGUCUGACAGGAAGGCUAACGACAGGUUUACUCGUCAGAUAGACAGUACAGCUAACCAGUGUGACAGGAAGACUAACGACAGGUUUACUCGUCAGAUAGACAGUACAGCUAACCAGUCUUAG